AUGGACAUCUCACCAGUUACAGUAUCCAGGCCUCCACACUCGGGACGAUGGCCUCGAACGGCAAGACUAGUGUGGCGGGCAAGGGAGGAGAUCUCUGAUGACGGCGAGGCGUUGUUGGUAUGGGACGAGGUCUGGACGAGACCAAGCCGCAAGUUCGGACGCUCCAAGGAAGGCCGGCUGCGGCAGGUAGCCGAGAUCCCGACGCUGGCGCCGCACUUCCCGCGGCUGCUCAAGGCGAACCGGAUAAACGGCGUGCUGACGCUGGCGCGGCCCGCAUACCGCCGGCGGGCGCUGCUGUCGGAGCUCGACGCCGCGACCCUCCGGCGCCUCAAGGCCGAACUCAAGGCCGUCUUCAGCGCGCUCUACGACCACGCCAUCGCCUACGUCUUCACCCCCGACGCCUUCGAGGUCGUGUCUCGCUGCCGGCCCUGGGAGCGGAGGCCGUCGUCGUCAUCGUCGUCCUCGGCAGACUCGACUUGUUCUUUGGCGUCGGGCGAGACUGACGACACGGCUGUUGAUGAUGAUGGUGCUGCUGCUGCUGCUGCUGCUGAGCCCACAGAGUGGUCGAUAUAUAUUGAUGGCUGGAACCAUGCCACCCGCCACAAGGUGCGGGAUCCCGGGUCCAAGAAGACGGCGUAUUUUUCCGACAUGGAGGCCGAGCAGCUGCAGCGGAUAGAUGAGUACUUUGCUCCUUUCGAGACUCGUGCCAAGACUAGCAUCUUCGCCUUGCUUAACCACGACUGA